AUGGCUGAGAAGUUCGACUGGGAUUCGUCCGGUCUGGACAAGAAGAAAUUCACAGCCCUCGCCAAUCUCCUCGCCUUUCUAUUCAACAAGAUAGCUGGAGAGAAAUCUCUAUCCCACGAAAACGAGGGUUACGAUACUGACAGUAUAAGUAUCGCGGCCUAUUCGGAAAGCUAUGAAUGUCACUCAGCUACAUCACACGACCAUGGCGAACUCAAGAUCCAGUUCUUGGACUGCUUGGCCGAGCUGGUGGGCAACGUGGAAUCUAGACCAAGUACUUGUACCAGUAUGGAUGACAGGGAGAAGGGAGUAACAAUCUGGGCCACAAAAGCCGGAGGAUUCAAGGAACGAGAUAUCGUCUUUUUGAACGGACUGGCCAAUUUGUUGGGCUGCCUUGCAUCCGCAAACAAAGAUGAGAAAAAAGCAGACGAUCUUUGGACAGCUAUACUGGGUCAUUAUGCGCACGAAAUCGAAAGCCAAUUCAUUCCUGAUUUGAAAUACAGUCUCGAGGAGUGCAAGGAAGCUUUUCGUGCCAGCGCAGAUGCCUCAUUCUCGGUAAUACGUGAAAGGAUCGAGACACUCAACAAGGUAGUCUUCGAGAACAGCGACCCUCAUCUGAAAGCGAUGGAGAGACACCGCCUGUUGGUGGAGAAGGCUUACGCGUUGAGGGAAGACGAAAGCGUUUGUCAGCUACUCAUGGACUCCGCUGAUGCGAAUGCGCGCACCAGAAGCCUAUGGAGCAUUAUCUCCUUGCUUGGUGGGCUGCAAGCAAUCUUUCGUGUCUUCAAGAAUAUCUGUCAGACAGUCCCGGGCUUCAAAGCAGUCACCAUAAACCCCAUACCUUACGACAAAGCAUUAGAGAGACCUAUUGAAAAACCUCUCAACUUGGAGCAGACUCUUCAGUUACUGGGAUUACAAUUAGACUCCUCAACCAUCGCGAAAAUAACUCGGGGCAAGUGCCUCAUCUCUAAGGCUCAGGAGCAGUUUGAUUUGCUGCAGAAACAGGUUCCUUCGGUUCAUGCGGAGAUGCAAAUGAUGUUGUAUUUCAGUACGCAUGGGCGGUUGCUUCGUGAUCUGUUUCCCUACCUUGGAUGCAAUCAGCUCAGCUGCUUCAUGUGCACGAACUUCCUCGAGUUCUUCAGCUACAGCAGGAUCCCAACUAGAGGGUGUGAUGUGGCCCUUUUGCAGCCAUGGUCAGUACCGGAGCUCACUGAACUAACACCAGGGGGCAUACAAUGUGUUCCCACGACCUUGAGGUGGUUGGAGGACUGUGUCAUAAGCAUUUUGAAGCGCAGGCUCGACAGAAAGUCAAUGCCCUUGGAUGCUUGGGUUGCGAAUGAAACCAGCAGCAGGGAUGAGGAACGCCAUGGUCUCCACGAAAUGUCUGACCUCAUGAACACGGAACUGCACACCGAACAAGGGAAUGUUACGAAGGCAUUGGAGAGUAUCUCGCUGGAACAGGGAGCCACAAUGGCCCAGAUUGACAAUGAGAAUCCGGCCUUGGAAGGCAUGCACCACGAGGAACCGCUACGUGAAUGCAACAGUUGCUCUCGCCUGACGACACGAACAUGCAGUGUGUGCAACAAAGGAAACUACUGCAGUCUUGAAUGCGAAAAAGAAAGAUCCAAAGGUCACCGCGUCACCUGCACCGAGUCCUCUCUGAUAUCAGCACAUCAUCUUUUCGAAUGCCUCAUGAUGAACACCAUACCAGAACGGCAGGAUGUGGUAGUCGAUUUUGGUUUCAACCAUUUUUGGUCAUUCGAGGACAGGAGCAAUCUACUGGGGCUGUACCAAGGUCUAUACCGGCUAGGUGUACCGGCAGAGGCUAUUCACAAAUGGCAAGUCGAAGGAUCGCUAGUUGCAAACAUCAAGAGCCAGUUCCUCGGAGCUCCUAAAGGCCCCCGCGGAGGCUAUUUUUCGUGGUUUUUGGAAAAGGUCGACGUACUCCAGAAAGACGAAAAUGUUGCACGUACCUCCUUCGACAGAGCACAUCUCUUCCUAGAAAAGGAAGAUCAGAAAAAAGAACUAGCAGACCUUCAGCCGCAAGCAAAGAUGAAAUCUUUUCACCUUCUAGUCUUACUUUGCCGCUUGGCUCGCCCCAAGCCAAGAGAGAAUGCCUGGUUUGACUUUGGAUUUUGUGCCUGUAGCGAUGAAGAAGAGGAAAAUUUGCUGGUGAGACUCUACAGCCGACUACUUUUCGGAAGCGGUUUGCUCGAUGACGUUGAAGCUCCUGGCAUAGCAUGCGGUUCUCAGUCGGACACGGCUACUUUCUCUAACUUUUGGUAUGCAUAUGAGUCUGGCAAGUUAAUAGAACUCAUGGACGCAAGAGGACUCGCAUCCGAAAGAAAAGAGAUUUCUUGUCUUGAAGCCUUUCUCUCCCGCCCCGAUGACGAACCACGCCCGACCAUUUGGUCACUUAAGAAGUUUCUUGCUAUCGACGACCCGGCAAAGUUUCCCGUUAGCAGGCCGGUUGGAAUUGACUAUGGCUUUGAAAACUGCCAGACCAUGAAGGAGAUGCGUACUCUGAUGGACAUCUACAAGAGCCUGCUUCUGAAGGCAGAUCCACUUGAUCUUCAUGAGGCGUGUUUGGAAGGGAAGCUCUUUGAGUUUGCACAGUGGUAUGUCGAAAUGGAUGAGGGACAUAGGAGACUGAUGGAAAACCCUUAUCCUUUGGAGCCUUGGGAAGACUCGGAGGAAAUGGAGGUAGAUUGA